UGUCAUUUCUGCGCCGCACUUUUGCCAUUGAUUUCAUUCAUCGUCUCUGCCCAUUCGUCGUCGCCGUCGCAGUCCGCCUUGAAGGUUAGUUAAUCCUUCUCCGUUCUCAUGGCGUCUUCCGAUUCCACUCCUAUCCCCGUUGUUGACCCAGCGGCGACUUGUUUUGAGGAAAUGUACCGACAAGAUCCCUCCCUCCGCCCUGACGGUGUGAUGGGAGGAAUCGAUCAUUCUAGGGUUCUGAGUGCGGUGCCUCUCCGUACGUCGGUUACCGUGGCAUCGUCAUCCCGGGCGCCGCGCCUAAAAGGGAAAAAAUCGAAGACCGUCAAAAAUCAGACCUGGAGAUCCUCACCCGUUACCGUGUUGGAAACGGGUCUAAUCACGAGUACGGGUUGUCUUCUGUUGGACAUCGACUUUGACGAGGCCCUUCGCUUCGUGGGGGAGGGCUACUCCGUGCACCGACCGCACGCGACAAAUCACGUUUUCUCCGUGACCAGCCCUGAUGCCGAGGUCGGGGUGCAUGUGGCAUCGAUGCGCUAUGGUCUCCAAUUUCCUCCUCACGACCUGAUAGUCCAAUUUCUGAACUUCUAUCGUCUUCUGCCCGGCCAGCUCAGUCCCCACUCUUAUUAUUUCUUCUCAAUUUUCCUGAUCGAGUGUCACCUGAAGGGAGUCCCCUGGUCCCUAGACUUUUUCCGUUAUAUGUUCAAGGUUUCCAAAGUCGGGGAGCGUGAAGGAAAUUCGUACGCUGUUGUCUCUUCUCAGGACGAGUGUGGCAUGGCUGUUAUCCCCACGUCCCUGAAACUUUGGAAGCCUAAGUUUGUUUUCAUCUCUGGCUUCCCCGGGGACCGGCAUCCCUUCCAAGCCAGGUUUCCCGAUUGUCACACUUUUAUCCGUCAUCCUCGUACUGACCCCACUCCGGAGCUUCUCGCGCAUGCGCAGAAACUCUUGGAAGGCUUCCGGCCCAAACUGCCUCACGUAUAUAUGGUGUGCACGGAGCAGAACCUCGCGGAGGUGCGAAUCCUCAUUUCCCUCGAGCGUCAAUUCGAGUUGGCCGAGGCCGUGCUAGGGAGCCGUCCCAAGCACGGGCUCGAAGAGAGCACCUCGAGGUCGGAAGAUCCGGAGUCAGAGGAAAGAGAAGAGGAAGAGGAUGAGGAGAUCGAGACCGAUGAAGAGUCGGGACAGCCGUCAUACUCCGAGGACGUCGCUGAUGUGGAGCCUUCCGGAGGCCACCGAGCUCGAGAUGCAAGCCGUGGCGAAGUCCGAGGAGUGGUCCGGCUGCAGGGCCUUUUGAAGGAGUCGGAGGAAUCGACCUCCCAACUGACGGCUUCCAUGGCCGAGCUCGAGGGGCGGCUGCGUCAAUCCGAGGGCCGAAUAUUAGAGCUAGAUGUUGAACUGGACGGGCUGUCUCCUCGCAGCGGUCUCUGGAAGCUGAGCGAGAUGGGGCCCUUGCUGAGAGGGAGCAAGCUGUUGCCGAGAAAGAGCGUGCCAUCUCCGACUUCCUUCAUGGAAACUAUGCCUUCGUCUUCUCAAACAAAGACCGUCUGUCGUCCUCCUCCUUCUCCGCCAGAAGAUGCCGAAUCGCGUACAUGCUCAUGGUGGUACCGUGCAAAGAAGUUGGAAAGGCGCAUUGAAUGUCUUCAAAGACUCGUGAAUUACCUUCACGUGGUCCCUCAACGGCCUGCGACUCCGGUUGAGGUCGCUCAGCCGGCUGCUGAUGCCAUCCCUGCGGGUGACAAUCACCCGGAAGAGUCCGUCGGCUCUUCCUAGAUAUCCCUUCCAUGCCCCUUCCCUGUAUAUCUGCCCAUGGAGGUUUGCAGAACAGGGGGGCCAUCCACGUCCUUCGGUGCCUGGGCUUUGUCUGUCUGGAAGUCCAUGGGGCCUUAGGACGGGGUGCAUCUACCUACCCAUGGACUUCAAGACCAGGGAAAAAGGAGGUCCAUUGGGAGGUAGAGCACCUUAGGUCUUUUCCUUUCUCAGUGCCGCUGUGUAAUAAAUGUUGCCGGUGCCGCAACUGUUGUAUGUAGGGCGUGUAAUGUAAUAAAUGUUUUAGCUUCCAAAAUACCUUGUAUUGGAAUGUGACUUUGUAUGCAAUGAAUGCUCCUGUAAUGA